ACUGGUGAUGUGACGUCGGCGUCAUCGUGGCCAGUGACGAAAACUCCGGGAAUAAGUUUGCGCCGGCUCCUGCUUCUGAGACUGCUGCUUCUGCAAAGGGACAAGGCUCGCGUCGAGUUUCCCGCUGCCGCUGAUGGCUCUGACCGCACUACGACAAAAUGGCGUGGAUAACGCAUCGAGAACCUGGAGCGACGCAUGGACGGUGCCGGCAGGGAUAGCGGAGGGGCAGCGCCACUGACGCACACGUCGACGUCGCCUCCAGCUGCGACACAGCAUCCCGAACCGUCGACUGACGUCACACGCCACGACGGACCUAGCGAGAAGGCAGCCAGCGCCGACGACGUUUCGGCCCCCGAGUCGGGGAACUGUGACGAACCAGAGAAAAACCCAACAGCACGCAAAGGCGGGGUCGGUGGAGACGCUCGAGACGUUUCGCUGGCAGACGUCGGUCAACCUCAGGCACAAGUUACAGACGGAGGUGUGUCUACAGUCCCGCCGUUCGGCUACUACCUCCGCAGGAAGACUGCGUUCGUCAACGUCGAGAGGAUCAAGAGAUUCCUCGCCAGCUCUUUGGAGUCGUCGGAGGAGGAGGGGGAAAGUGUCGGUGUUGGUGCUUCGUCCGAGCAAAACAAAGGUGCAAAUUCAGACGGUGGUGCUCGUGAAGAGGUUGCUGCUGCCAGAGUGAGUUUUAGUGGUGAUCAGGAAACACAGGCCAGCUCCCAGAGUGGGUCGCCGACACAAGACCCAACUGACAGAAAUUCGGGCACAUUUGGAGAAAACAGACAUUUGACAGAUGGUAUAGUUACUGUUACUGAAUCGUACAAAAAUUCUGGAUCAGUUAAUGCUCGUGAUUCCCAGCCUACUGAAAGUGAGACUCAGAUUCAAAAGCUCGUAGGUGAACCGAUAAGAGUAGUCGUCACUGAACGGAGCUUCCAAGAAACUUCGUGUGUAGAGAAGGAGGCUAUCCUAUGUGAAAAGGUUGGUGCAAUUGGGAGCUGCAACAGUCCCGAAGAACAUCAAUCUCGUAUUGGGGACUCUGCUGUAACUACAUCUCCUGUCAUUGCUACAGCUGAGAGAGGAGAAGAACUGAAAUCUAGAAAUAGCAGUACAGCUAGUAUUGGAAGUGAAAAGGAGCCAGUGUUCCCACCUGCUGGACAAGAAGAUACACCCAAAGGAGGUCAGGUGCUGCAACAGCAAGCCCAUACAGGGUCUAUCUCCUCGCCAGGAAACAGUCCAGAAUCAUCUGCUAGUGGCGCUCUGGUUUCGGCCUUGAAGAAUGGCAAGAAGAAGCUGGUGAAGAGGGUGUCAUUUGCUGAUGAAGGAUCAGACAGGAAAUCCCUGGUCGAAGAGUUUGAACUCAGGGAGGAAGAACCAGUGAAGCAGCAAGAGAAGAGAGAAAAGCCCUCGCCUCCACCACGGACUGUACCAGCUCCUGCACCGCGUAGCGAGAAGCCUAGCCCGGAAACCGCUGCCGGUCGGCCACAGCGUCUGGUGCUCCAGAAGACUGAAGGGGGAGUUGCUAGGCUGGUGAGAGUAACUUGGCUCGACAGUUCCAGCCAAGGAGAGGCGAAGAAGAGGGAGGAAGAACCGGAGCUCCAGGCGUCCAACCCACAAGAGAGAUUAGUGUCCGAAGAGGCUCGAGGUCCGUCCAGUCAGCAUACGGGGACAGUAGACGGUGAGAUCGCUGCAAAGCUUCCGACGUCUCCGGCGAGGAUCUUUGUAUUUCCAGAUCAGCACACUUCGAGUCAUCCCCAGGACCCUGGCCCUUCGGGAGGUAUCUGGAGGCGAGACAGCACACCUGCAAGCGACGACGUCUUCUUGUCGCCAACUGAGGAGGCUGAAUUUGCCUCCAGUGGCAGACCAUUCAGUAGCUUUGUCAGUUCUGCCCUCACUGACAGACCAGCAGAGCCUGAACCAGUGGAUGUCUUGUCUGCGGGAGACAGCGUAGUGUCCAUUUCUGACUCGAGCGGGGCCAGCGACUCUAGAGAAAGCCUCUACACAGAUAGUGCUUCUGGGUACCCCUCCAGCAGUGAUAGUGCUUUUGUUGAUCUCGCACCAGCAGAAGAUCCAGAGGACGAGGAAGGAGAAGAGGAUAGUGAGGCUGAUGAUCAGUGGCAACAAGACAGCAGUUCUGGGAGCAGUGACGACGAAUUUGAUGAAAGCAGUGGGUGCCCCGAGGAGCUGGUGACACAGGUUGAUCCGAAUUAUCUGGUUCCAGCAGUAAGUGGUGACCCCAAACCUGAUGUACUACCGGAAGGAGAAUUUUGGAGUGAAGCAAGUGUUGUCGAAGACAGAUCUCUGAGGCAGGAUAGUGUGGUUGGAUCUGAGCAGAGAUACUGUCCCGUGGAGAAUGGUGGCUUGAAAAGGGCUAGUGGAGAUUUGGCUCCUGGUGCUACUCCCUUGUCAGUUAAGGAAGUACUUCUUUCAGGAGUAGUCAAGAGCGAAACUGGAGCAGCUGCCUCUUACCUCACUGAAGUAGAGCAGGUUGGUUAUAGUGGCUUCCCUUUAGACGGGAAGGCAGUUGACUGUGUUUCGAGUCAAGAGAGGUGCAUCACACUAAACUACGUGAACUUGGAGGCGGGGAAAGGUCGCGAAGUGAGUGUCAGGGACCAGGAUUUUGGUGGAGGAAAGGCCGGCUUAGAGAGGCACGACAGCUCGCAGCUGCCGCCCACACCACCACCCAGCCCAGUAGAGGGCGAGGAGUGGGAGGGCGACGCUCCAAGGGCAGGCCCUUCGAGGGCGCACCCUCUGCAGGAGGAGCAGGGGGUUCUAGAUACGCAGUGCCUUAGAGAGGCGUCCACAACGGGGUCCAAAGGCUCCAAAGAACAGUCUGCCGGAAUCUUGCCAAUACCGGAGGAAGGAGGGGAGAACGGAGGGAGAGAGAACAGGAUCGAGGAACCAGACACUGAGAGGGAUGAAAACUGUGCGAAGCAACGAUCACAAGAGGGACAGCUCACGAAGCAAGAGCAGUCUACGCCGUCGUCAUCGCCGCCGCCAGAGACAGACCCGACGAACGCCGCCGUCUCAACCGUGCUCGUCCUGACGAAAGACGAAGUCUAUCCGGAGCAAGGCGAACGGGAAGAAGCAGGAAUAGAAGACAGGUACCCUCAAGAGGGAGUGCAGUCUAGCGGAGAAGUCACAGCCACCAGAGACGCCCCAACACCCCGAAAACCUCAGCGACAGGUGGAGGACAGCAGCGCAGCCGAGACGUCCGGCGAGGAGAUGCCGGGCCCCCCGGAGGGCGAGGCCGAGGUGCCGCUGCAGAGGGCUCUGGACCACAUCGAGCAGCUGCAGCAGAACCUGUCCACCAGGCUGAGCCCCGGCGCCGUGCAGGCCAUCCGGGCCGAGCUGAAGGGCGCCAGCGCCGCCGCGUCGCCCUCCGGAUGCCAUCUUAUAUCCCGACUAAUCGCAUAA